UGGCCUUCGAGUGAUUUUUUUAAUAUGUGUUAAUCAUCACAGAUUAUUAAAAACAUAUGUAAUCAUAGGACCAUUUGGUCUCAUCUACGUUUGCAUAGUUCUACCAAAUCUAUUUUUGAUCUCGUCCCUUUUCUGUUGUGCAGAUUUUUCAUGAUGAAGGGAAGAUCGAAACCCAGUUUAUUUAGGGAUGUUUAUGAACAGCCCUAUACAGAAACGACACGUUUGAAGCUGUAUAAAAGUACUAAAGGCAGUUUGGAUAUGAUCCAGCGACUGUGUUUAUUGAAGAAGCUUCCAGUUCACAAUGGUUGUGUCAAUUCUAUUUGCUGGAAUGAAACUGGAGAAUAUAUACUUUCUGGAUCAGAUGAUCAGCAUUUGGUCGUUACACAUGGUUACAACUUUAAGGUGUUAACAAAUUACAAAACAAGUCAUCGUGCCAAUAUCUUCAGUGCCAAAUUUUUGCCUAAUUGUGGUGACAGUAGCAUCAUUUCCUGUUCAGGCGAUGGAAUUAUCUUAUAUACUGAUCUCACAAGGAAAGAAGAAACAUAUUACAACCAAUUUAACUGUCAUUCGGGCACAACAUACGAAGUGAUAACCAUUCCUAAUGAUCCCCACUCAUUUCUAAGCUGCGGUGAGGAUGGGACAGUUCGGUGGUUUGACUUACGCAUGAAAGAAAAAUGCAACAAAGCCCAGUGUAAAGAGGAUGUCAUGAUUACAUGUCAGCGUGCUGUAACAGCUUUGUCUGUAAAUCCUGUAGCACCAUAUCAACUUGCGAUUGGGUGUUCAGACAGUACAGUUCGAAUGUUUGACAGACGCAUGCUAGGAACAAGGGCCUCAGGGGGAGCAGAGGCCGGAGGAACACUGCGACCAUUGUGCUCAUUCACUGUGCCCAGCUUUGAAGAUAGGUCAUAUCGAAUAACCUCGCUCACUUUCAGUCCUGAAGGGGAGGAUAUUCUUGUCAGCUAUUCAUCAGACCACCUUUACCUGUUUAGUGUCAAGGAUCAUGAUGGCAUUCAGCUCAAGUCUGGAUCUAAUGGUGCUGCUGCAAUGCAACAGGAGCCUGACAGGAAAGGAACUCAAGGUACCCCGGCCCCUGUUCGGAGACUGCGACUUAGAGGGGACUGGUCAGACACUGGCCCUGAUGCUCGCCCUGAGAGAGAAGGUGGCCGUCGAGGAGAAAUUGCCCAAGCACGACCUACUCUGCAUGCUACUUUAAUGCAGCGCAUGACUGACGUUCUGUCACGGAUGUUGAAUGACCCUGCAACCCGGGCAGCUCUCAGUGGAGGUGGCGAAGACUCAUUAGAAGGGGAAGAGAAUCAAGGAACUGAAGCUCAAAUAACCACACCACAGUCCAUUGAGUCCCCACCUGACACAGUCCCACAUAACCUUAUGUCAGCUGAGACUGCUUCCACAUCUCAACCUCACUCAUCCAGCUCUGUUUCUGUGCCACAACUUUCUUUGUUAUCUAUCCAUUCUUCAAUGCCUGAAGCAGUAGACUCUAGUAAUGAAUCUAUUCCUUCCAGUAAUAAUAUGCCAGCUGGUUCAGAUUCAAAUAAUAAUUCAGGUAAACGAGAAGUAACUGACACUGUAGCUGAAAAUAAUAGUGUCCUUGAUCUUUCCCAAGUUCCACCACAGUUAAAUGUGUGUUCAGCUGAACAGCCUAUAUUUAGCGGCACAUUAGGUACAAAUGAGAGAAACGGGACUGAUAGUGAAACUGUGUUACCUGAACAAGGUGUUCAUAGUCGCCAAGACUCCGAUGAUAGCUCCGCUGCUACCAGAGCUUCGUUGUUGAUGCCAGACUCUGAACUUGUUGAUCAUAAUAUCAGCAACUUACAGGAUCAGUUGUCCACCAUGAGAGAAGGGUUUAUCGAAAGGCAUAGGAGCGAGCCAGCUGUAAGCCUAGUAUAUUCUGACAAGAGUUCAACCGGUGCCAAAAUAUCUCUCGGACUUGGUGACGAGGUGAGCCGUGAAUUGCAUGAGAACAGUAGCAGGAACUCAUUGCCAGAAAUAAAUGCAGGAGAGACAGUGUCCCAUGCACCAUCAAAUCCAGAUUGUGAAAUGGAGAUUGGUGAUGCAGUGCCAGGACCUAGUCAAGACAUGUCUCCAAGAGCACAGGAUGCAGCCAACAGGUCGAGUGGUACUGGAUGUGGAGGAGAAGAUGAUUAUAAUGACAGUGAUGAUGAAACUAUGCUGAUAACAAGUGGAAGCAGAAGGUUUGUUCAUCCAAUAGAAGAGCACAUGGAUGAGGCAAUAGCAGCCGUAAGACAUGACAAAGAGAUUAUGUUCGAUGAACAGAGCAUCUUGCAACCAGCUGUGAAGCAGAAAUACAUUGGUCACAGGAAUGCUAGGACAAUGAUUAAGGAAGCCACAUUCUGGGGUAGCGACUAUGUUCUGUCAGGAUCGGAUUGUGGCCACGUGUUUAUGUGGAAUCGCUACUCUGGACAACUGAUAAUGCUGCUGGAAGCAGAUCAUCAUGUUGUUAACUGCCUGCAGCCCCAUCCUGUGCUGCCUCUGUUGGCUACUUCAGGCAUUGACUAUGAUGUCAAGUUAUGGGCACCACUACAUGACGAACCCAGCUUCGACAGGGAUCUAGCUGAUAUUUUAACCGAGAGGAACGAAGUGAUGCUAGAGGAGACAAAAGAUACGAUUACUGUUCCAGCUUCCUUCAUGAUUCGCAUGCUGGCAUGUCUCAAUCAAAUUAGACGAGGGGCACGAAAUCGAGCCAGAAACGGAAGGAGACAAAAUUCAGGCGAAGAUUCUGGUGCUCAUAAUUAACAGUUGAGGAGACAGAAUUUAAUGAAGGAAGAAUUAAGAUGGAAGCAAAUAACAAUAAAUUAUAAGCCUAUUGCAUAUUAAAGUGUUUAUCAUUGUGAAUAAAAUUGCAAAAAAGGAAAAUUUUAAUUGAUCACAUUCUAAUAUUAAAAAGAACUACAUGAAGUAAUGCACCUUGUUGUUUCUUCUGUACAUUAUCAUGCUGAAAGCUGAUUUCGUUCAUGUUUUGUAUCACUUAUUAGUGUCGCAUCGGCAAUAUAACAUUUAUUCAUUAAAUGUACAAGAAUCAUGUGCUGAGGUUUGUUUGUGAGAUCACAAAUGCUGUCUUAGUGCGCGUGCCCCUCCGCAAUCCCUUUCUGCCUCUCGAAUCAGUUGACAUAAAGUUUGGAGGCCGCUCGAAGCUGGAGUUUCUAAUUUCAUAAAGUCAAUAAUAAGAGCAUGGAGAAUGUGGGGCUGGGAGCAACAAUCGUGCUACUUAGUGUAGUAUCAUAAAAUGUUGUAUGGUAAUAGAUUUCUGAGAAAUGUGCAGAGUUUUGUAAUUUUUUGAAGGAAUAUAUAUCGACAUCACGGUGGCUGUGAACAUUUUCAUCUGCCUUUUUGAGCGAAAGCAAUAACCAACGAACCAACGAAGCCCGGCGUGUGAGAUGUUAUACGAGACAGACUAAAUAUCCUACAAAUUUAGUAUGAAAUGUGUGUAAGUCAACAAUUGCAAACAUUGCGCUGGUGUGAAGCUUUGAGGUUAUGUCUAACAACACUCUGUUAACAUAUGUAUAAAUUAAGGUAAUAUAAAUAUGAUAUUUGAAGUUCACGUGGCAGUGAA